UGAAAGCUAACCAAGAAAGUGUCUUUUGAAACUCUUUUACAUCUUGAGAUAGAUUCUUGAAUUGCAAUGAAGGGAAUGAAGGAGAGAUUGGCGAAGAAAAUCAAACUCAUCACCAUUGUUUCGACCUUGAAGCAAGGCCUAGCUCAUCAUAGGAACAACGUUGAUCGGACAAUCCAUCAUCUAAAAGAGGAAAUAGUCGUUGAAUCUGGUCAAAGCAGAGGUUGUGUUACACCAACGCUACCAGAGCUUGAAGAUGUGGAUGAGCAAGCACAAGAACAUGAUCUUCAAGAAGAAGAAAGAGGGAUUCUGUUGGAGUUUGAAGAGAACUGCCCACCUGGAGGAGAAGAUUCGAUCGUAUUCUACACCACGGGACUACGAGGAGUGAGGAAAACAUUUGAAGCAUGUAGAAGAGUAAGAUUCUUGUUGGAGAAUCACAAGGUGAUGUAUAAAGAGAGAGAUGUAUCGAUGGAUGCAGAGUUUAGAGACGAGAUGUGGAGGUUGCUUGGGGGUAAAGUUACCUCUCCGAGGCUGUUUAUUAGAGGUAGGUACAUUGGAGGAGCAGAUGAAGUUGUGGCAUUGAACGAGAACGGGAAGCUCAAAAAGCUUCUAGAAGGGAUCUCAUUAGUUGAUUCUCCCUGUGAAUGUUGCGAUAACGAAAGGUUUUUGAUAUGUUUUAGUUGUAAUGGAAGCUCUAAAUUGAUUGCAGAUCAUUAUGAUGAUGAAGAGACUAGUAAUGAUGAUAAUAAGAUGUGGACGAGAUGCAGAGAAUGUAAUGAGAAUGGGCUUGUGAAAUGUCCUCUUUGUAGUUAACGUUGUUGUAAUAACUACUACUAUCUGAUUUUAACUUUGUUUAAUUAA